AUGGUGGAGCACGAGAUAGUCGCAGCCGAUCAUCCUUUGGCAGCUCUGAGUCUCAAUCUCAGGCAGUCCAACGCAGAUGCUGAUCCACAUGGACGUGUUUAUGUUCCGAAGAGAUACUUGAAUUUUGGCAGCGAACAACAAAUUUGGAACUUCUACCAAGAAGAUGAAGAUGUUGCACAUCAGAUCUCCAGAAGUACUUUCCGGAAGGCUUGGGAGAAAUGGCGCAGAUUUUUGCCUCUGAAAAAUUCUGGCGAAGGCAGUAAAUGCAACGCAUGUGCCUCUUUAACUUUGCAGCGCUCAGAAGCCACUGAGCCAUCAGAACGUGUUCGAAUAGAUGGCCUCAAGCAAGCCCAUCUGCAAACAGUGAUGGCCGACCGCAACUUCAGUGUAAGGUGCAACAAGGCAGCCUCCCGCCCAGAUGUCUGGCAGACAGCAAAGAAUCAAAGUCUCUUUUGCAAGUUGGAAAUAGAUGGGAUGGACCAAUCAAAAUUUUCCAUCCCCCGCAUGAAGCAGAUGGCAGGGACAUCUAGUUACUCUAAGUGCUGGCGACCGGCUGUUCACGUGACAGGGGCUUUGCUGUUUGGCCAAAUCGAAUACUACGCUGUUAUGAGGCCAGAUCUGGCCAAGGACUCGAACAUGAACGCUACCAUCACAUGCCGGGUGUUAGAUUUGAUGCAAGAGAAAUUGGAUGCCCUUGGCGCUGGACAUAGCUUCCCCGGCGAGCUGGUCGUCAUGUGCGAUAACACACCACGAGAAGCUAAGAACAGCCAUUUUGGCUGCUUUCUUUCUUCCCUGGUUGGGAGAUCUCUCUUUUCUGCCACAGAGGUCCACUUUCUACAAGUGGACCACACACAUAAUGAGUUGGACCAGCGAUUUUCAACACUUGCAUCCCACAUCAAGCAAGCUGAUGUCAUUGAAGACAUUGCAGAUUUGGUCCUAUACUUGCAAACUCACGUCACUGCAGCAGCCAACCGCACUCUGAUCGUUGAGGAGUUGAAUUCUACAAUGGACUUCAAAAAGUAUCUCAGCAGUGUGAACUUACACCUGUCGGGCCUGACAUCAACGCACAUGAAGCCCAAUGCUAACCACAUGUGGCGCUUUGCCCACAGGUUGUCCAUUGACGAAUCCCACCAUGGAGCCAUUGAAUGCCAUCACCAAGACUGGACAGGAUUGCAACAGCAUCCUUCGGAUGUUGUUUUGAUUGUCAAGCAAUUUUUGUCUUCCCCGUCCCAUUCCCAAGCACCUCAAGUCGUUCUUCCCUUGGAAAUUGCAGAAGGCUUGACGGGCAAACUGGAAGCAGCUCCCAGAAACAAAUUCGCUGAGACCACCCUGACCGAGUUCCGCAAAAGCGCAAUGACCUUCGGCAAUCAGCCGUGGAACUUGUUGAAGGCCAAAUACUUUUUGGAAGAGCUGUGCGAUUUGAAUGAGAAGGAAGAGCUUCCACCAUGUGUGGACCUGAAGUUCUUUUUUUCUGCCGAACCAUGCCAAGUUCUCGUGCCACAAGCAGCAGAUCGACUCUUGCCUGAAGAUGGAGAAGAUGAUCAGAAGGACGAGUCCGCCGAGCCUCGUCGUGUGAUUGCUGGCCGUCGUGGGGCUGGUAAAGCUAAGGCGGCGAAGGCCAAAGCAAAACCAAAAGUCAAAGCUGCAGUCAAGAUGGCCGCAGUGCGCAAACGUCCUGCAGCAGCAGUUGCUGUUAGUGCUGAUGCUGCUGAGUCAGAGGCUGGGGCCCCAGUCCGGAAGCGUCCCUCAAGUUCAAGCCGAGACAGGCUUGAUGCUGCUGUUGCUGCAGAAUUGCCUGAAGACUUUUAUUUUGGGUGCUCGAAAUGCCGCCACAGUGAGAAUGGCUGUGCUGAGUGCCAGAACAAAGCAGAUGCCUCCAGGAGUGGAUGGAAGCGCCUUUCCAAUGGCAUGGUGAUCCGUGCUCUCCCAAGUGCCUGACUGUUGGAUUGUUUCACUGUGCCUCCA